GGCGCCGGUUCCUUCGCAUCGAUCCUCGUCAGCGUUCCCUGGACGCGCCCUCCUUCCUCCGACAGCCACAGCCGCGGCACCCUCGUGUUCUCCCUGCGGCCCGGACACAUAGUAUGAUCAUUAGGUGUCUCUUCUCUCAGCCAUUUUCUAUGGAAAAUCAAGGGGAUCAGCCCAUGAUAGCCACCGGCAGCUUUGAAGAAUGGGACGCUUUUAGAGAUGCUUGAUCUUGGAUACACCUCAGUGUAAGACCUUAGAAAUCCGGACUCCGGCAGAGUUCCUCUAUCUCGUCUUACUGCUGAUUGAGGGUGCCCAUUUCUUCAAUUUUUCUCCAUCUCCUGGGAGGUAGCAGGAGAUCAGCAUCAUGGUUGGGUUCAAGGCCACAGAUGUACCCCCUACUGCCACUGUGAAGUUCCUAGGGGCUGGCACAGCUGCCUGCAUUGCAGAUCUCAUCACCUUUCCCCUGGAUACCGCUAAAGUCCGGCUGCAGAUCCAAGGAGAAACUCAGGGGCCAGUGCGUGCUACAGCCAGUGCCCAGUACCGUGGUGUGUUGGGCACCAUCCUGACCAUGGUACGCACUGAAGGCCCCUGUAGCCUCUACAACGGGCUGGUUGCUGGCCUGCAGCGCCAGAUGAGCUUUGCCUCUGUUCGCAUCGGCCUCUAUGACUCUGUCAAGCAGUUCUACACCAAGGGCUCUGAGCAUGCCAGCAUUUGGAGCCGCCUCCUAGCAGGCAGCACCACAGGUGCCCUGGCAGUGGCUGUGGCCCAGCCCACGGAUGUGGUAAAGGUCCGGUUCCAAGCUCAGGCCCGGGCUGGAGGUGGUCGGAGAUACCAAAGUACUGUUAAUGCCUACAAGACCAUCGCCCGAGAGGAAGGAUUCUGGGGACUCUGGAAAGGGACCUCUCCCAAUGUUGCUCGUAAUGCCAUUGUUAACUGUGCUGAGCUGGUGACCUAUGACCUCAUCAAGGACACUCUCCUGAAGGCCAACCUCAUGACAGAUGACCUCCCUUGCCACUUCACUUCCGCUUUUGGGGCUGGCUUCUGCACCACUGUCAUCGCCUCCCCUGUCGACGUGGUCAAGACGAGGUACAUGAACUCUGCCCUGGGCCAGUACAGCAGUGCUGGCCACUGUGCCCUUACCAUGCUUCAGAAGGAGGGGCCCCGAGCCUUCUACAAAGGGUUCAUGCCCUCCUUUCUCCGCUUGGGUUCCUGGAAUGUGGUGAUGUUUGUAACCUAUGAGCAGCUGAAACGGGCCCUCACAGCUGCCUGCAGUUCACAGGAGGCUCCCUUUUGAUCCUCUUGUGCUGCUGACUUGAUCACCUCUAGGCUUUGCCUCCAGCUCCAGCCAGGCCCUGUUUCCCUUUUCCUCUUUCCCUCUUUCCCUUUCCUCCUUCCCCACCUCUUCCCUUCACUCCUUUUCCCCACCACCUCCCUUUCCUCACAUUCUCAUCCCCUUAUCUCCCCAUUGUCUCUCAGUGCUGUUGGAGCUGACCCCAUUCAACAGCAUGGGAGGAUCCCAAACCCCUAGUUCCUUAAAAAUACUCAGCCCAAGUUUUCUCCUAUCCCCAGCCCAGCCUGCAUGUCUCCCAUAAAGCAAGCUCAACCUUG